AUGACUCCCACUCCAGGACCUUCUCUUCAACCACAAACUACCACAGGUCCCACCAAUCCUUGUGAAAACGCCAAUUGUAAAAAUGGUUCCACUUGUGUCGCUCUGUAUAGUGCCUAUUUCUGCCUGUGCACAGAAGGAUUUUACUACAAUGACUCUGCGUUAACUUGUGAGGAAGGAAAGAUAUUCCCUGGGAGUCUCAGGAUGAUAAAAUCAGAAACAUCUGACUUGGAAGAUAAAAAUUCUGAAGUCUAUCAAAAUUUACACAAAAGUACUACAGAAUUUUUCAAGAACGCCUUUAAGGCUUCCAAUGCUAGCUCUGACUAUGGGCAGACUGUAAUUAAUAAAGUAAGAUCUGGAAUGCGUGCUGGCAAUGCUAUUGCUGUUGGAGUGGUUAACAUCUUAGUAAAAAGUACAAGCAUUAACGAGAACAGUGUGUCUACAAUCAUUGAUAAUGCAAUUAAGAAUAACACACUCGGCAUUAGCAGCUAUUCUGGGCAAAGUCUGUGUGAUUAUUAUGGCUGUCAACAGAAUGAAGAUGGCUGCAGCAAUGGGUUCAAUUGCAAAUGCAGACCUGGGUUGCAAAGGCCUAACUCACAAGUUCCUUUCUGUUUGGUCCUUGAUGUGAAGAUUUAUGUCUCAAGCUUUCUGGACUUCUAUGAUUCCAAAUACCUCAAGCUGCUGUGUUCGUUUGGCUACACUGGCGUCAACUGUGAAGAUCCAUUUCAACUGAUCCUCACCAUCGUGGGCACCAUUGCUGGCUUCCUCAUUCUCAGCUUGCUGAUUGCACUCAUCGUCUCAUCCAGACUAAAGAACAAAAGGAAGAAUAUUGAAGAAGAGAACUUGAUUGGAAAUGAUUUUCAAAAUCUGAGACUGCAACAGACAGGCUUCUCCAACCCCGUGGCAGACUCAUAUCAAUCUGGCAGCAUCUUCCCUAAGAUCAGAACGGCAAACCCUGGAAAGAAUCAGCUGGAAAAUCCCUAUGUAAGCCAGAGACCUAUGCCCCGCCCUGACUACUAG